AUGGCGACUUAUGGAUCCCAACGUCGCGGGCGGGAUCCGCCUCCUAUCUCUUCCGGACGCCGCAGACGGGAUGAGGAAUCGCAAGACUCCUCGUCCAACACGCGCGACUCGCAGCUCGACGAUUCCCAAUCAUCUUCAGAUGCCGACCGCCGUUCUCCAGCAUCCAGGGUGUCGUUGAAGGAGAUCCCCGUUACGGAUACCGUUCUCAGGAAUGCUCAGGAUGCGGGCGACGCCGAGAUCAACAAAAAAGCUGCCGAACUCGUCAGAUACGCUCUCGCCUGCGAGUAUCAGCGAUCCAAGAUCACCAAGGACGAUAUCCGCAAGAACAUCCUCAAUGACAAGACCAGUCGCCUCUUCGCUCCCGUCUUCAAUGCUGCCCAAAAGAUGCUCUACCGCACAUUUGGCUUUCAGAUGGUCGAAGUUCGUCGUGCCGGAGCGGACAAUGCGCAACUGGCCAAGCAGGCACAGGAGGUGCUCCGCGCAGCUUCGUCCUCGGCGAACGGUCUGCGCUCACGCGAAAAGCAGCCCGAGGAGUCUUCUGCGGUAGACGGAGGAGUUGGCUCCAACAUUUGGAUGCUGCAAUCGACCCUGUCACCUGACAUGAUCAGCGAGCUAGUCAGCGCGGACGACGAACUCACCAAAGCUUUUGCGCAUAGCAGCUCGUCAAGCGGCUCCUCCUCAUCAUCAUCGCAGCGCAGACGGCAGACAGCAGAUGAAGUCAAAUCGGCCGUCGACUGGAGCCGUGCCGAUCGCCAGGAUGGGGAGAUGGGUCUUUUGUACAUCGUCUUGGCCCUCAUACUCGUCAACGGACGCACGAUCACCGACGCUACGCUUCACAUGUAUCUACGUCGCCUCCACCUCCAUUCUCAUACCACCCUUCCGGCCGCCCUGCGAGGAACAGGGCCAGCACAAGGAUCGGGGUCGAGCGGCUCGCAAAGCACGCAGACACAGUCAAGGGCACGAGCUACGCAGGGGACGCUCGAGGGCUUCCUCAACACCAUGAUCAAGCAAUCCUACCUGGAGAAGCAGAAAUCGGAUGUCGGGAUCGACUUCAUCGACGCUGCUGUCAACCAAGCGCAGAGUCAGGGCAGGCGGAGGGGUCGUGGCAGCGGUGCGGCAGGCCGGGCAAACGGUGCGGACGACGAAUCCAUCGUGUGGGAGUGGAGAUGGGGCAGCCGUGCCGAGGCAGAGAUUGGUGAGAAGAAGAUUGCCGAGCUCAUCUCGCUCAUCUUUACCGAUCCUUCGGCGACGCAGGAUGGAGCACAGGCUGCAGAAGAGGAGGACGAAGAGACGCAGGCGAUCGACCGCGAUCGACUUGCCAAGCGCCGAAAGAUGCUUCUCACCAACAUCGCAUCCGUAGCCGGGUCCCAACUUGUCAAUUGA